AUGGCUGAUACUGGUCGAAAAGAUCUUACAUCUCAGGCUGCAGAGUCUCUCAAGCCCGACUCUCAGAAGUCUGGCCUUGAGAAGACCUCAGAAUCAGUGACUGAUAGCAUGGACAGCUUCGCUGCCUCCACUCAGCCAGGUGAUAGCAAGUCGACAUCUCAGAAGCUUUCUGACGAGACCUCAUCCACUGCGAACUCUGCUUCCAACCAGGCUCAAGGCAUUCUCGGAUCUACACAGAACACCCUCUCUAACACCUCUGAGCAAGCCAAGUCAAACGCUUUGGGCUUGAAAGAUUAUGCUCAGAAUGCAGGCUCGAACGCUGCCGGUAGCACACAAGAGACUGCCAGUGAUGUGAGCAAGAGCGCUCAGGAUACUGCAAGCAACGCCAGCAAGCAAGCACAGGAUACCUAUGACAGUGCUGCACAAAAGACUUCUGAGUCCGCCAACGAGGCUAGCAAGCAGGCAAAGGACACCUACAAUAGCGCAGCCCAGAAGACUUCCGAGACCGCUGAUGAUCUCAGCAACCGUGCUCAGCAGACAUACGAUUCUACUGCCACGCAGGCUCAAGAUCUUGCAAGCGAUGCCAGCAAACAAGCACAGGACACCUACGAUGCUGCAGCUCAGAAGACUUCCGAGACCGCUAACGAGGCCGGUAAGCAAGCACAGGACACCUACGAUGCUGCCGCCCAGAAAACUUCCGAAACUGCCAACGAAGCUAGCAAGCAAGCACAAGACACCUACAAUGUCGCUGCUCAGAAGACCUCUGAAGUCGCUGGCGCCACACAAGAGCAAGCCAAGACAUAUCUCCAACAGGCUCAAGAUAUUGUCGCCUCAGGAUUGGAGACUGCUAGCAAGACUGCUCAAGAUCUUGCCAACAAUAUCUCCAGCUCAGAGACCAAGUAA